AUGUCUUCGUUCAGCUCUGCACCAGGCGACGACGGCGCUGAUCGAGAUCAAGCCAGCCGCAAUGCCUCGCUAUCUGCCAGCUCUCAGGCAUCCUCGGCGGACAAGCGAAGGACAUCGCGUCUCUCCAGCACAGCUGGUAUCUUUGAUCUUGACGACGACGGCAGCAUCGAUGCAAGUUACAGCAACGUCAGCGGUCGAAGAGCCAGCAAUCCGCGCGUCUCUUCGCUCGGCAGCAGUGGCUCAAACCGCGGGUCGUUGAACGAACGAGGCAGCCGGGAUCUCUUUGAUGUGCAGGAAGAAGAUGCCAAUCCGACUGGAUCUUCCCCGCCAGCACCUUCCUCCUCGAUGCCCAGCUCGUCCAGCAAAGCUGGUGGCAGAAGUCAGCUGAGCGUAGACACCUUCGUCUCAGCGACGCAGUUCACCGACCCUUUUAGCCCUGCCAACCGCAAUCGAAUCAGCCCUGGCAGCAGUGAUCACAGUCGAAGAAGCGGUCCCCCCUCCUCCUUCCUAGGCGACGACGACGCUUGCGACCCCAAAUCUUCGCCGUCCCCUUCCAAUCUCAGCCCUUCCGCUUCGUCUCCACUCAGCGCAGCCGCAAGGUCCACCUCAGAACGCAGCAACAGUCUUCAUAGCAUCAUCGAGCUCGGCCCUCAUUCGCCUUCCUCCUCGACUGCCUCGGCGCAAGGCAAGCACCCUCGCUCCGAUCCGUCCUCUUCGCCCACUCGCUCCUUCAAGCAUCUGCGCGGCGCAUCCGGUGAUUCCCGAUCCUCGCCUGCACCGCCGUCUUCAGCGCCUAGAUCGAUCGAUACCAGCUCGCGCAGUUCGGCAGCGAGGCGCGCGUCUCCGUCGUCACCAACAUCAUCCGCGCUCAGCUUCUCUGCAGGAUCCACCAAGAGCUCCUCUUCUCCUUCUCAAUCUGCGUCUCAAUCUCAGAACGCACCACAGUCUUUGACCUCUGCCACCGUCGCCCAUGUCAGCGCUUCGCCUCCGACAACUUCGUCCUUGAGCAGUGCUGCGCCGCCUGGCUUCCCUCUCAGUCCACCUUCAGCCGCGAUCAAGGCCCUCGGCCGCAGCUCUUCCAAGAGAAUGUCGUUCGACACUGCUCCCUCCUUCUCCAGUCCGCUCGCCUUUGCCUCAAUCUUACCCAACGACGAUGACGUUGUCGACGAUGAGGCGCUCAACGACGAGGCCACGCCGGCCGCAUCUUCGUCCACAUGGUCAAAUCCCAACGAAUCGGCCCUUGGCACCACAGACUCGGCAACCAGGCAUCGCGCCCACGGCUCGACGUCUUCUUCGCAAGGCAGCUACACACAGCCCUUGUCCCCGACAUCGCCGUCUUCUGUCUCGUCCACCGCCUCCUCUCAGCCAAGCCGGCACCAGCGCAGGAACACUGGACCCGAAUCAGCCGCUUCCGACACCAUCGACGACGCUUUCAGCCGCACUAGAGAGGGCCCUUCCAAUAGCGCCAUCUCCACCGCCGAUCUUGCGGCUGUUUCGCCUCUUGCUCGGUCCUCACUGCGUUUGGACCGCGAAAGGUCGACGUCGAACCCACUCCAAAGGGUCGUCGCUGGAGGCACCAAGCUGAACCAGCCUCGCUCACGGCACUCGCUUUUCCAAAGCAGCCACUUGGCUGCCGACGACGACGCAUCAUCCAUCGCCUCGGAUGAUGUCGCAACCACCAGUUCCAAUUUGACGCGCAAAUCGUCCGUCACCAGCUCCACCGGCUCCAUGGGACCACCGGCCUUGCCUCGCCGCAUCGGUGGUGGCUCUGUGGGCUCGCCAGCUCUCGAGCCCUUCGACCGGGCCGUCUCCACCAUCUCCAUGGGCAAACGCAAGGAGGAGUCGUCGUUGGGACACGGCAUGCCUUCCAACCCCUCUCCGCUCUCGUCGGGCUCUUCAGCAGGUCUGCCAGCCUCGAACUCGUUCCAUUCGGGCUCUCCGACCAUCAGCUGGGACACACGCGGCAAUCGCAGCAAUUCGGGUGCCUUUGCCCCUUCGAGCUUCAGCGGCUCCGUCAACAACACUCCAACCACCGUGACGGGCGGAGGUAGCGCCAUCUUGCAUUCGACACGACGCAGACGCAUGACCUCUUCGUCGCUCAGCUCCAGCAUGCAUCGUCGCGCCCGAUCUCUGGGCGGAGUGCUGCUGGGAGACGGCGCCAUGUCGCCUGUGGGCGGCCCAGACGGUGUCGACCCUAACUUGGUCGCCGCCAUCGAGUCGGGCAGUCCUAGCAUUCCACUGCCGGUCCCCAUUCCGACCUCUUCCACUUCGCAUCGUUCCAGCAGCGUCAGCUCGUCAGGGACUCAUGGUGGUGCUGGCUCUUCUCUGUCCAGCUCGGGCGUCGCCUCGUCUUCGGUUCCAUUCAGCUCGUCGCUCGCUGCACGAUCAUCGUCGCACCGACGCAGGAAUUCGUCUGUUGCGGAGGAUGACGAAAUGGCAAGGAUGGAUGCGUCUGGAUCGACUCUUUCUCCUGGCUACACGCGAGCCCGCGUUCGCAGUCAGACGUUGGGCGUGCCCCUCGGAUCCGACCCAGCCCUUUCUCCACAGGCGCUCAAUGACGGCACACCAAGCUCCAUGGGACCGAGUCCGUCCGCAAAAAGUGGCGGAUCGGCUGGGCUGGCGGAUGCGAUCCGUCUGCAGCGUGUGCCAACCGCCGUGCGCUUGGCUGGCGAUCUGUUCGUACCGCCGUCGCCUUCGCCUCGCCACAUGUCGAAAAGCGCAUCAACAACGUCCAUCGAGUCACCUCUCAGCAAGUGGGCAGCAUCGAGCUCCAAUGCUCAGCCUCUGGUGAUGGACGGUGCCACUCAAGGUCACGGACUUGGUCUGGGGCUCAGCUCGGACACCACUUCAUCGCCCACGCCCACCAGCCGCCUCAACGUACCACCGACACCCAGCUCGAUCCGAAGUCAUUCCCCUUUGGUGCACGAGUAUUCGUCUGGCGCCGAAGACUCGGGUCGCACCUCGCCUGCUAUGGAGCAUCUGAGAUCCGACGACAUGGCUUUGCCUGGCCACGACAGCCGUGGUCAUCCAUUGUCGGUAUCGAUCCCCAUCGGUCGAGAUUAUCGCCCGCCCGCUAGUCUUCCCGGCUCUGCCAUUCUGGGUUCCCGUUCUCCCACGCUCGUUCCGCCAAAAUCCGAUCUUCUGGCCGUGCCCACCAGUGCACCGCGCCACGCUGGUUUGCCGGCAAGCACAAGCGCCUAUUCGCCUUUGCACGCCCUCAGCGCAUCGUCUGCUCGGACCAGUCCCACAGCCGAGCGUCGGCCUCGACUGUCGCCCAGUCGAUCCAGCUCGCAUCGCAUGUCGUGGGGUGCCCAGGAGCUCUUUGACAGCUUGCAAGAGUCCAUGGACGACGCCGACAAUGACGCCGACGCAGCGGUGGCGACAGAGGGCAAGCCAGCCCCCUGGAUCGCUUCCACGCAAGAUGCACCUGUCAGAACCUCCCUCGCACCCGCUGCUGCGACGCCUCUGAGUCAACGCAGAAUGACGCAAGGCAAUCUAUCCAGCUCCAUAGGACCCGACACGUUGCUCGCGGUCCCGCCGGCCUCUCGCCGCGUGCAUCGACCGAACGACGCGGCGCUGUUCGCGUCUGCCCGUCUUUCGUCCUCAGCUGCGCAGCAUCCCCUGUCCGGCACGGACGAGUACGCGCGCAUCAUCAUUCAAAGUCGCAACGCCAAGAUGCAAAAGUGGAGGGCACAGAACCCUUCCCGACUUGGUCCGCAGCAACCAGUGCGUCGCAACGAUGCUGACACGAUCGAAUCGGCAUGGCUCUCGCGCAAUCGAACCGAACAGACCCAGGAGGAGGACGCGAUGCCUUCUGGUCCGACAAGUCUCGCCCGCAGAGGAACGACCAUCGGGCUACAGAGAGAUGCAAGCCACACCGGUGCGCCUAUGCCGACCCGUCGUGGGUCCGCCGUGGACUCCAACGACAGCAUCGAGUCGCAGCUCGACGAGGAGGAAGACCAGCAGCGAGGUCUCGAAUCGUCCGCCUUUGCCGAAUUCGAAUGGGUCGACUGGCUCGACGAGUAUCGCAAGAUGAAGGAGGCCAAGUUGCAGUCGGAGCGCGAAGAGGCAGAAGCGCAGGCCGCAGCCGAGGCGGACACGAGCGUCGCUGUCCGCAAGGCUUCCGCUGCGGACGAUGCAGACAUUGUGGCAGCACGGGCUACGGACAAGACGGCAUCGUCUCCUUCCAGCAGAACAGGAAGCGAAGCUGUCGAUGCGGGCCGGGUCUCUACCCUGCAAAAGCAGCAGGCGGACGGCCAUCGCUCUGUUUUUGAUCCGCUCUCGCGUCAAAGAUGGCAGAUCGCCGAGUCUGCCGAUCAGCAACAAGACGCCAUCGACGCGCAGGAGGUGGAAGAAGCCCUUGCCGCCCUCAGUCUCAACGAGGAAGGCAGCCAAGCACCUUCCAGCGAGACGCGAGCGCCCAAACCCGCGCAGCUUGGUCCGGUUCGCAGACCAGAGGAUCCUCCCCGACAAUCGACGCGUCCAGGCGGGAACCAGCAGCGCAGCUUCUCGCUCGCCAGCGCUGAGCUGUCUCGACGUGAAUCCGGAGUCGGCUCCAGCUCGACCGCCAUGUCCACCAUGGCCUCUUCUCCCGGUCACGUCAAGGCUGGAUUCUCGCCCGUCAAGCGGUUAGGCACCGACAAGGCCAAGAACCUCUCGCUCUCGCCCAUCACGAGCCGUGUUGCACCCGCAGCGACGUACAGGAGUGCAGCGGGAUCCGACACGGCGCACUCCCAGGCGCAGGCGGCUGGACGUGGACGUCGCAAACAGCUCGGUGGCAAGAUCGAGGCUUGGUGGAGUGCCGUCAAGUCCGGCUUCACGGCUCCCGCUGGGGACAGCUGGUCGAAACCGCCAACGAAUACCGCUUCUCCCCGAGCCAAUGUUGCCUCUCCGCACGCCGGCUCGUCAGCUGUGCUGUCUCAUUCCUUGCAUCAUCGCAGUCCCUUGACCGCAUCGGCCCGUCCAGCCGGGACCAUCAGCAGUCGUCGUGAUGCCCCACGCCUCGCCCCCUUGUCUUCGUCGUCGAACAUGAAGCCAGUGAUCGCAACGCCGUCUCCAACGCUCGUCACACAGGUACAGAGCGGCUUCGGUCGUCAUGUUCGCUCGCAGACCGGCGGCACAGCCUUGAGCGGCUCCGACUCGGUGAGGACCCUCCGUCCCAGCACCUCGGCGCAGAACCUCAAGAAGUUGAUGGACGAUGGCAGAGUGGAGCAGCACGACGGCGACGGUGAGGCUGGCGACCUCAGCGACCGCAGAUCCGUCUCGCCCGGACCGGACGCCAGCUUUGUGACGGUACAAGAGGAGCCCGCCAGUUUGGAAGCGCCCAAAUCUGCAUCCUCUCAGCUCAGCCAGGAAACGCAUCUUACGGUCAGCAGCAGCGGCGGCGGCCGAGAAGCAGGCAAGCGGCGAAACCAGCCGAACUUGUCCCUCCAGCUCGAAAAUGGCCUCAGUACGUUCGACUCUGCCGAAUUUGACAAAAUUGGCAAGGGCAAAUCGCCAUCGAACUCGACGCAGAGCAGCCCAACCAAGCAACCUCUCUCGUCGCGAUCACAGCAGAGCACUGCCGACGCUACCGCAAGCGCCACAUCACCUGCAGUCGUUACUGCUCGCGAGUCCUCGGCGCGGUUGUCGAACGCUUGGACUCCCAGUCCACGCGAGCCAAAGACGUCCGCCGCAGGGGAGGCAGCUGAUCAGGACGCCGCCCUUGACUCCGACAACGAGGGUCGUGCAACAGCCAGAGCCAAAGCCGUCUCGAAAGCAAUCACGAUCAACUCGAUCCGCCAGCACAUUCGUCACCGUCUCCUUGCUUCCAAGGAGAGCUGCGACCGGGAGCUGCGUCGCAUCAUCGGCGCCAUUAACAACUACGUCGAGAUGGAGCUGGAUAAGCAAGAGGAGGAUCGACACAGCGUCAUGGAGGACGAUCGCGACGUCGAGGAGCUGAAAGAGGCCUUUGCCAACGACGUGAACGACGCAUUGAAACACGCUCAAGAUGACGUUGCCCUCGGCAGCGACACUGAGAUGCCACCUCCGACGACGAUCACGUCGAGGUCCGUGUCCAUGUCCCGCGGAGGCAGCGACUCUUCGUCCUUCUCUGCUGGUGCCGCAGCAGCAGCCGCUGCGGUUGCGGGUGGACAUGUCGCAGGACAGCGUCAAGAGGGCCAAGAUUCAGGCGUCGGCGCCGACGGGGCGAUCACAGAGUCGCACACACGUUCCCCGUCGGGCUCCAUCUUCACCUCGCCGUCGUUGGGCGGACUCCGCGAGACAGCAGCAGUGCGAUCGGCGCGCGAGUACAAGCUGCCCGCUCCACCACCGGUCAACCUGGCAGGUGCCACAGCGACCUCGCAGCGCACCGUCAGCACGACGCUGGCGAACCCAUCCAAGCCUUCCCAUCUCAACCCGCUCAGCCGCGCUCAGUCACUGAGUCGUUCGACGGCACGUUCGGUGUCUCACUCGCGCUCUACCUCGCGCUCCCAUUCGCCGAUGCCUGGAGCUGGCACAAUGACCUCGGGCGUCUCGGCCUCCUCCGGGUCGCCUCGUUUGUCUCCGUCGCGCCGAACGCGGGCGCUGCCAACGGAAGACAUCGGGCCCCAGCCGUGGAUGCAGCCGCUGGAAGAGCUUGUGGCUGUGGCGAUGGAGGUGCUCGACGCGUCGAUCAAUGCGCUCAUCUCGCGUCCCGGUUCCUGCUCGGUCCUCAUCUCUCGCGUCCAGACCAUCGGCCGCUUCUGGGACGAGCACCCAGAAUGGGCGGGCCGAGGCUGGUUUAUUCAGAUCUUGCUCGCUGUUGCCGGACUGAGUCGUGUCGUCGAGUGGUGGGAAGCCGAGAAAGGCUUCUGGAACUUCAACGAUGAGGAAGAGCAGGACGCCGAGCCGAUCCGGUUCAGUCUUGGCGCGCAACAGGGCGACGUGGCCGGAGAAGCAGUAGACCUAGAAGCUGCCAAGUCUUCGGGCGUGUUGCUCGCCGCCACAGCCAAAAGCCCGAUCCAAGCGCGUGCCCUCUCGACGGCGCGAUCCGAUGCCAACAUGAUUACACGCGGCUCGACCAGCGGUACCAACUCGCCCGCUUCUGGCGUCCUUCAACGCGAUCUCGAGCCGAGUCCAGACGUGGUGCGACGAGCUGCCUCGCCUUCCAAGGAUCUUCUCCGAGCUGCGGUUCAAGGUGACCGGAGUGGUGAAGACCUGGAUGAAGAUGGCGACACGACCAUUGUCGACCGUGCCCGCCAGCGUCACCACCGCCACUCCAGCAGCACAGCCAGCAAGCUGGACGCGAUCGAGGUUGUCGGAUCCGAGCAGGAUGAGCACGCCGACGAUCAAGACAUCGUUUCGGCCCCUGAAGGCGUCAAGCGAGCGUCGCAAGAGGGGGUGCCGCAGAACUUCCGCUCUGCAGGCGUCAAUGUCCUUAUGGAGCUCAGCAUGGACGACCAGCGUUUCCUGUACCUGAGCCCUGCCUGGAAGACGGUGCUCGGUUCGGAUCCCGCCGAGCUCUAUGAGACGCCGAUCGAAGACUUGCUUGCCCCUGGCGAUGGCGACGUCUUUGCAGAAGCCUCCAGGCAGCUCGAGGCCAACCAGUCGCACACCGUGGAGGCCGUCUUCCGUCUCCGUGUCGAGAAGUCUCUGGCGCGCUCGUCGUCGUCUUCCUCCGUCUCUUCGGCGGAUGAUCAGAGUGAUGGCAGCGACGCAGUCUACUUCCAGGAGAUGGAAGGAAAAGGCAUGCUCAUGAUGGAUCGACAGAGCGGCAACCCAUCGCACUCGAUGUGGGUGUUCAAAGCAACAGGACCACCCGAGCGCGAGGACCGACUGCCCGAGGCUGCUCUCACCAAGGGCGGUCGUGCUAUGGGCGUCGUGCUGGACGAGCCGACGGCAGCACUAGCCCACGUAGCGUCCAUCUCGGUCGAGCCCGUCCUGUGUCGCAUCUGCGAGCGAGACAUUCCGGCGUGGUUCUUUGAGAAGCACAGCGAGAUCUGCAACGAGACGCAUCGUCUGGACAUGGAGAUCGGCGAGUGCAACGAAGGUCUUCGCGAGCUGCGCAAGGCCAUCCAGGAUCUGCUCAAUCGCCUGGAAAGCUUCAGUGGGCAGAAUGCAGAGCAGCCACUCGAGUAUCGUGGCGUCGCCAUUAGCACGCCUGCUGCCUCGACGCAGCCACCUUCGGCACUCGAGGGUCUCAAUCGCUCCGUGUCGCAACGCCAGCCCGCACCUGCGUCUGUACGCAAACAGCACCUCCGCGCUCUCGACGCAGCCAUCGAAGUCCUGCAGACCGCCUGCGAGAUUUCCACACCCGCCAUCAAGGACGAGUUUGCCAACGAGCCCAUCGAGAAGCAGCGGCUGCUGUCGCCCACUUCGGAGAACAAGGUGGUGACCGUCCAGCAAUGGAGACGCCCGGCACUCGACGACACUGCGCUUGAUCUUCUCUUAGUGGACGUCGAGAAUGCUAUGCGAAGCAAGCUCAGCGCCGUCAAUCGCAUGCUCAACACGAUUGUCUACGUCGAGACCGUGCGACAAGAAUGGGAAGAGCGCGUCGAGGCUGCGCUUACGGCUCUCUCAGAAGCCGACGAGGGUUCCGGCAGCUCUCGGGGAUCCUCCGCAUCUGCAUCAGGGUCCGAGUCAGGCUCUGAGGAGGUUGGCGAUGAAGGUCUUGAGGGAGGUCAAGGACUUGGCUUGCGGAUGGCGCAGGCGCAACAGCGCGACGCUGUCUCUCCGCAGGCAUCUUUGGAGGCAGCCGCGGCCACCUCUGCUGCAAUGCAAAGGGGAUCGAGCUCUUCCAGAGGCCGGUCCUCCGAAGUGGUCAGUGCAUCCCUUCGUACAGAGGACCCACAGCAACCUCUCAGACCCUCGCUUAGCCGACUCACGUCUACACUGUCGUCCAGCGCUGGCGACGACGAGGCGGAGAAGCGGCAAGAGAACGAUGACGCUGAGGAGGACGGCCUGUUAUCGGGAUCGAUGCUCCUGGAUCAAGACGACCGAGACCUGCCGGCUCCCUCCUCUGCUUUGUUCUCGGCCAUGGGCGGUGCCACCCCAGACGAGGACGACAUCCCUGCUGUCGACGACAAGAUGGGCGGCUCGACCCAUCUUGCACCUAUCCCGAUCCCGCGCGGUUCUGCAGCGUUGACUCCGCCUUCAAACGAGCUGCUCGCACCUCGAUCCGUCAGCGGCGCAGCGCUUCAUGCAGGUUCGACAGGUGGCCCUCCGCAGCGACGGUCUGUCAGCCGGCCUCGUCGAGCCUCUCAUCUGCCUCCCGUCAGCGACACUCUUGGCGUCACACCUCCGCUCUCGCCGCGCCUUGGCUUUGGUGAAUCGCUGGGCGUGUCGCAUCGCCACAAUCGCAAGUUCAGCGUGUCGCACAAGAGCCCCAUGGUAGGCUCGAUGCCGCUUUCGCCGCGCAUUCCACCAGCAGCACCCUCGUCGCGAGCGACGGCCUCCUCCAUCAAGGACUUUGACAUCAUCAAGCCCAUCAGCAAAGGUGCCUUUGGAAGCGUCUUCCUCGCCAAGAAGCGUACCACGGGCGACUACUACGCCAUCAAGGUGCUCAAGAAGUCGGACAUGAUUGCCAAGAACCAGAUCACCAACGUCAAGGCCGAACGCAUGAUCCUCAUGACGCAGAACCAGUCUCCGUUCGUGGUCAAGCUCUUCUUCACCUUCCAGAGCUCGGAGUUCCUGUACCUCGUCACGGAGUACCUGCCAGGAGGAGAUUGCGCUUCGCUCUGCAAGGUGCUCGGAGGCUUGUCGGAGGAGUGGGCUCAGCAGUACAUUGCUGAAGUCGUCAUCGGACUGCAGCAUCUGCAUGACAAGGGGGUCGUGCAUCGAGAUCUCAAGCCGGACAACCUGCUCAUCGACGAAAAGGGUCAUCUCAAGCUCACGGACUUCGGUCUGUCCAAGAUCGGAUUGCUGGGUCGUCAGACGCGUCAAGCUACCGCAGCUGCUUCCUCCGCCAGUGGUUUCCCCGCGCAGACAUCCAGGACCGACUCGAACAGUGGGUCGCAGCCCAGCUCCGCCAACUCGUUCACAUCCGAUGCGCGUCACCAGGCUGUCUCCACGCCUGCAGGCACCACUGCCGGUGACACGGCCGCUUCCUUCUCGCCGAUGACGCCGGGAUUCGGUGGCAUGAUGCGGAACCAGUCCUUCUUUGCGGCUCCACAGCGAGGCCGCAUCGCCAGCUCGUCUACCGAUGCCAGCGACUCGGGCGAGUCCGAUUCGCAGCGCAGUGCUCCCAAGCCGCUGCCUUCUGCGCAUCUGGACAGUCCCAGCAACCUCUUUGGCGCUCAUCCUCUGAUCAGCGACAAUCUUGGCCCUUCUUCGGGAGGUGACGGCAACUCGAACGCGCCCAAACGCUUCGUCGGCACGCCCGACUAUCUCGCGCCCGAGAGCAUUCUCGGUAUCGGUAUGGACGACUUUGCCGUCGAUUGGUGGGCCCUCGGAGUGAUCUUGUACGAGUUCCUCUACGGCACUCCGCCUUUCCACGCCGAGACGCCCGAGAAGGUGUUUGACAACAUCUUGUCGCGUCGCAUCGACUGGGAGGAGGACUCGGUGGAGGUAUCGCCGGAGGCACGCGAUCUCAUGGAGCGUCUCAUGUGCACGGAUCCCAAGCAGCGCCUCGGUUCGGGCGGACCAGAGGAGAUCAAGAACCACCCCUUCUUCCAAGGCCUUGAUUGGGACAAUGUCACCGCCGAGCCCGGUCCGUUCGUUCCGCAGGUCACCGACCCCGAGUCGACCGACUACUUUGAUCUGCGCGGUGCGAGCCACCAGGACUUCGACGACGAGCCUUCUCACGGCACGCGCGAAUUUGCUCGAGCCAUCGAGGGCAACAAGUUUGUGUCCACCGGUCUGCCCCCUUCAAGAAUGCGAUCGCGUCUGGAGAAGGCGUUUGGAUCGCAGAGCGGCGCGCAGAACGAGGACUUUGGCAACUUCAGCUACAAGAAUCUGCCCGUGCUCAAGCAGGCCAACGACGAGGUGAUCCGCAAGAUGAGGGAGGAGCAGAUGCCAGCGUUGGCCAAGGCGCUCGAGCAAUCGGCCAUCUAUGCGCGCCACCGCAGCUUCUCAGCCAAAGGCAGGCCCGCUCAGCGCGUUCACUCUCAAACGCUGGCGGGUCCGCCUUCGCCUGCGCAGAGCGCAUCCUCACAGGGAUCGACGCCGUCACGCUCGACAGCGCCGACGUCGCCAGCAGGACCCUUCAACACGUCGGCGCAUCGUCGACGCAUCUCGGAAGCUCCCGUGUCGUCUUCGGUGCCUGUCAGAACACCGGAUGCUGAUGUUGCGAGCGGCAUUGCGGCUCGGUCGCCGUCCGCGGCGAUGCCGAUGGGUGCCGUUGACAAACGCCGCCAGCAGCUGGUCGACGCUUCCAACACCGGCGAGCGUCGCAAUUCGAUGCCGACGCGCCUGCGCACUACGUCGGGCAGUCUUGCAGAGCGUCCCGUCAUCCCGGCUCAGUGGCAGUCGCAACCGCAAGCAUCGACGCAGCAGCCGCAGCAGCAGCCGGAGACGUCCAAACGACCUUCACGCUCCAACACGCGCGAUGCAGCGAUCACAGCGGCGGCAUCGCCGACCGAUUCGAUCUCGCCCAGCAACCUUCUUUCACCUCUGCCUCCAGCUCCAGUCAACAGCUCCGCCAGCUCGGACGAGAUUGCGUGUUUGAUCGCUGAGGACAAUCCGAUCGCACUGCGCAUGCUCGAGACCAUCCUGGUCAAGCUCGGCUGUCGAUGCACGGCUGUGCGCGAUGGAGCCGAGGCGGUGCGAUUGGCGAUGGGUGAUCACAAGUUCGCCGUCAUGUUCAUAGACGUGACGCUCCCGAUUGUUGGAGGGCAGGAUGUCACGAGGAUGGUCAAAUCGACUCGAAACGUCAACUCGACGACGCCGAUUGUAGCGCUUGCUUCUUUUGACCGUGGCGAACCGGUGGACGCUGCAGGCUCGCUCUUCGAUGCUGUGCUGGCCAAGCCACUGGAGAAGAUGGACGUGUGCGCCACGCUUUCGCAGCUCGGGUUCACGCCUAUGCAGGCAAGCGCGGCCGAGUCGGCGGCGGGCACCACGCAGAUUGCCGGAGACAAUGCGGGCGGGUCGGGCACUGGAUCGGGCACCACGAGCGCGCCGGCCGACUCACGUCCACUCUCGAGAAAGUCGACGGUGGCUCACAAGACUCAUGCGCAGCCGAUUGCAGCUGCGAGCAGCACUGCUCGAGCCAGCACGCCGCCGCUAGGAGGCGCGACUGGAUUCGGCAACGCAGGCUCGCCGCAUCAUACGCCAUACUCGUCUUCGCCGUUGGGCAACUCGGUGCUGACCUCCCGUCACUUUGAGGCUCCUCAGCAGCAGUCGAAGAUGGCACCGGCAGCGACGGGACCGCAUCCGCUCACGCACUCGGACGAGCUCAGUGGUCGCGAUCGCGAGCAACAAGACCAGGAGACGGCCGAGACGCUCAGCAAGGUGGCGGAGAGGCUGUCGCUCGCGUGA